UUGCAGGUCACUUGCAAGGUCGAGAGCGGUCCUUCAGUGUAUGGGUAUGUCAACUGGAAGCAAUGAGGAGGUCAUACUACAAACUGUGAAAGAUAAGGGAGUGAUCACCUUGAACCGGCCAAAGCAGCUCAAUACAUUAAAUCUAUCCAUGGUCAGGAAGAUUUAUCCAAUGCUGAAGACCUGGGAAGCAGACCCAAGAAUAACAAUGGUCUUAAUCAAAGGUGUUGGUGAGAAGGCAUUCUGUGCUGGUGGUGAUGUCAAAGCUAUCACCGACUCUGCAAAGGCGGGGGACUAUAGCUACCCAUUCUUUGGCGAGGAAUAUGUAUUAAAUAAUACAAUAGGUACACUACAUAUCCCAUAUAUUGCGUUAAUAGAUGGAAUAACAAUGGGAGGGGGUGUUGGUCUGUCAGUACAUGGCAGCUUUAGAGUUGCAACAGAGAGAUCAGUCUUCGCAAUGCCAGAAAUGGCGAUAGGGUUAUUCCCUGACGUGGGAGGCGGACACUUCUUACCACGUUUGGGAGGAAAACUUGGCCUCUAUCUGGCACUCACUGGGUACAGGUUGAAGGGCAUCGACGUACAGAAGGCAGGCGUGGCAACACACUUUGUUGAAGCUAAAAUGCUGGACAGUCUAGAGAAAGAACUACUUGACCUAGAUGAUCCUGGUGCAACUGAUAUCAGCAAGGUCUUGGACCACUACCACGACCAGAGCAAGUUGGAUGCUGAGAAAGAGUUUCAUCUGCAGCCCCACAUGGAAAAGAUCAACACGCUGUUUGCAGGAGACAGCAUGGAGCAGAUAUUUGCUGAUUUGGAAGCAGAUGGCUCUGAAUGGUCCCUGGCGCAGCUAGCCAUUCUGAAGAAGAUGUCACCAUUAUCAAUGAAGGUAGCAUUCCGACAGCUUAGUGAAGGUGCAACGAAGAGCUUGCAAGCAGAACUAGAGACAGAGUUCAGGAUUGGAAAGCACAUGUUGAGAAAUGAUGACUUUCACGAAGGUGUCCGUGCUGUUCUGGUUGACAAAGACAAUAAACCAAAGUGGCAGCACUCGUGCUUGGAAGCAGUCUCGCCAGAAACAGUUGCCAAAUUCUUCGCACCUCUACCAGAGGCAGAGGAACUAAUGCUGUAGAUGCGACAGGAACCAUGCUUCCUUUAUUUCUACUUAGUUGACAUCCAAGGAAAACUUACAUAAAAUGUAAAAUAUGGUGUUUUUGUUGAUUAAAUGUUAUCUGUAUACCUUAUUCUAAUUAUAAAUCCAAUUUUAUUGCAACAUCAGAUCUCUGUUCCACUAGGGAGGUAAUUGAGGUAUCAUGUCUAUUAUUUAAUUAGUAUGCAAUUAAAAUAGGGACAAAUUAUUUUAGUUUCUCAAAACUGUAGCCACGCAUACUGUAUCAGCAAACAAGUUCAUCCCCAUGCUAUGAACUUUAUCCUGGUAGCGUUUUUGUGUUUAUGUUCAGUUGCAAAGUAUCAAUUUGAUUCACCUAUACAUAGCAUUUGUACAGAGCAUCUGGAAGGAUUAGGCUGGCUAACUGAAAACAUACCACCCCCUGACAGCGCAAUUCUGCUCCGUGUGUGCACAGCGUGCCAAAGACCUUUGACCAAUAUCACACUCAACGAACUUCUGUACUUGUAUUUUGGUUACAUUGUACAGCAAGCAUAGUGAGCAGAGAACGGGUGCAGAUGAAACGAGACUUCCAAAUGUGAUAUAUGUCCAGUAUUCGUAAUCGCUCGGAGAAUAACGUUUUUGAAAUAUGUCAGUGACAGGCUUUCCUAAAUACAGUCAAACCUGUGUUAGUUAGUGGCUGCAUUUAUAGAAAAGCCAUCUAUCAAUAAAGGACUAUUUUGCCAUUUUUCUUUAGAA